UAAUCGCGGACGCAUGCCUGCGAGAGCCAUUACCAACAAGAAGUACAUCACUGCUAGGGAGUGGUGACCUUCUACGUCCUUAAAACGUCUGUUUAUCACGAAUUGCUAGUUUGAGUGUUCAUAGUCAGUUGUAUCAUCGCUUCUCAAUUUUUGUUCACAAAUCAUAUCCAUUUCUUGUUUCUGUUUAUCUACGAGGCACGAGAUAAAGCCAGUAGGUCAGCCCGCCAUGUCUAUCCAGUCGCGGAGGAUACAAUGGCCCCGAUGGUUCGAUUGGCGUUGCGCGUCCAAGAGGCGGGACUGCCAUUCCUCCAUAAUGUAAUUCCUCGCUGCUUUCUCCAUCAUUCGUGACCCGCCAAGCGACGCUGUCAUACGAUGGCUGACAAGCCAAAUACCCUGGCAUUAUACUCUCAAAGUCAAUUAGAUCAUAUGUGCGCUCUGGAUAUCAACAGUCAAGUAUCUUUUGUCCGUUUAUCUGGUAUCAUUUGCACAAUUGGUCCUGUAUCCAGAUCUGUGGAGAUUUUAGAAAAAAUGAUUGAGACGGGAAUGAAUAUUGCUCGAUUAAACUUUUCUCAUGGGUCUCAUGAAUAUCAUGCUGAGACUAUCGCUAAUGUUCGCCAGGCGCAAAAGAAUUUAACUGCCCGUGCUGGUAUCAAUAUUCCUGUUGCUAUUGCUCUUGAUACAAAGGGUCCUGAAAUCCGUACCGGUCUUUUAGAAGGCGGUGGCUCGGCUGAAGUUGAGUUAAUUAAAGGCCAGACUUUUAAACUAUCCACUGACAAGGCAUAUAUAGAGAAAGGAAAUGCUCAAGUUGUGUAUGUUGAUUACGAAAAUAUCUCAAAGGUAUUAAAGACGGGCAAUCGCGUAUUCGUGGACGAUGGUUUGAUUUCUCUCAUUGUUUCCGCUAUCAGCCCUAAUUUAAUCUCUACGACUGUUGAAAAUGGUGGUAUAUUGGGUUCGCGCAAAGGUGUGAAUUUGCCAGGAGUGCCAGUGGAUCUUCCAGCAGUAUCGGAAAAAGAUAAAUCCGAUCUUCAGUUUGGUGUUGAACACGAAGUCGAUAUGAUAUUCGCCUCCUUUAUUAGAAAUGCUGCUGCAUUAACUGAGAUUCGUGAUAUUCUCGGUGAAAAGGGUAAAAACAUCAAAAUUAUAUCGAAGAUCGAAAAUCAACAGGGUAUGACGUAUCUUGAUGAGAUUAUCGAUGCAUCUGAUGGUAUCAUGGUAGCACGUGGUGAUUUGGGAAUAGAAAUACCACCGCAGAAGGUAUUCCUGGCACAGAAGUCUAUGAUCAGCAGAUGCAACAAAGUUGGCAAACCAGUAAUUUGUGCUACGCAAAUGUUGGAGUCUAUGAUAAAAAAACCACGUGCUACGAGAGCCGAAACUUCAGAUGUUGCUAAUGCCAUUCUCGAUGGUGCUGAUUGUGUUAUGUUGUCAGGUGAAACAGCAAAAGGAGAUUAUCCUUUGGAAUGUGUUCGCACAAUGGCUAAUAUUUGUAAGGAAGCAGAAGCUGCGAUUUGGCAGACACAAAUCUUUCAUGAUCUGUCAAGCAAAGCUCUGCCGCCUAUAGAUGCCACGCAUGCAGUUGCCAUUGCCUCUGUAGAAGCAUCCGUCAAAUGUUUGGCUAGUGCUAUCAUUGUUAUUACAACAUCUGGUCGAUCCGCACAUCUAAUUGCGAAAUAUAGACCUCGUUGUCCUAUUAUUGCAGUUACCAGAUUUCAUCAAGUUGCUCGACAAGCGCAUUUAUACCGUGGAAUAUUGCCCUUGUUCUAUGAAGAAGUACCAUUGGUCGAUUGGGUGAAGGAUGUGGAUGUACGUGUACAAUAUGGAUUAAAUUUUGGUAAAAGUCGUGGUUUUAUCAAAAUUGGUGAUUCCGUAAUAGUUGUGACAGGAUGGCGACAAGGCUCGGGCUUUACGAAUACACUUCGUGUGGUGACUGUUGAUUAAACUACACAUUAUACUGGAAAGUUCUAAGAAGUAUAGUCUUCGUGGAUGUAGAUGUAAUACAAAAAUUUAUUGAGUAAUACUUGAACAUGUAUGUAAUUGUAUAUGAUUCCUUUACAAAUUCUAUUAAAUGCAGUUAUAUGACAAUAAUCUUAAUAGUAAAAUAUUUUAUUGUUGGAAUAUAUAAAUUCAAUGUAGAAAUAAAAGUUUGAUGGUUCGGAGAGAAAAAAAGGUAAUUUUAUCAUAAAUUUUUUAAAAGUGAUCUUUUUAAGAUCUUUAAGAUUAAUUUGAUUUUUUUUUAUAGGAAUAGAUAGUUUUUAUUUAAACAUUCGAAAAGAAUAUUUUAUAUAAAAAUUAUGUAAAAUAUAUGAUUUAAAUUGCAUGAUUUAGGAAAUAUUUAACAAAUAUUAUUCUCAGAAAAUAUUAUUAAUAUUGUGUUGUUUGGGCUUCAAAUAAAGAUAUAUUAUAUAGAUUAUAUAAAGAUAGAAAAUAAAGAUUAUAUAAAGAUAAA